AUGUGCCAAUACGAAAACAUCCACUAUGGCUGCGGCCAUGCCAUCCGCCGUCUCAUCAAACACUGCCACUUCGCUCGCAACGACCCCAACCAUCAAUGCUUCGGCGCCUGGUCCGUCAAGAGAGAGUGGUCAAACCCUACCGAGUACUGCCGCAACUGCGCGUAUUACGCCAGACAGAGGGCUUACGGUCAUGCUCGUUGA